UCAAUCUUCUCAUUUUCUCUCUCCUCUUAAUUUUCUUCGUUUUUUUCCCCCAAAAAAAAAAGUUUGGAUUUUUUUUCCUCUUUGGCAAGAUCUGGGUCUAAUUGUUCCUAUCUUGCCAGGAGAAGAAAAGGGCAAUAUUAAAGUUUUAAUCUUUAAUUUUGUUGAUAUUGGAUAAUUUUAUUAAAAAGAGAAACAAAUAUAUAGGAGAAUUUUGACUGAGAUCUUGCCAAAAGAGGAAAAAUUUUCAGGUUGAUGAGGUAGAAAUGGGGAAGAAAGGGGGGUGGUUUUCUGCUGUUAAGAAAGCCUUAAGCCCUCAAUCCAAGAAGAACCAGAAAAGCAAAUCCAAGAAGAAAUGCUCUGAGGAAAUCAAGAGCUCUGAGGUAGUUAUUCCUGCUGAGCAAGUGAUUACUCCUCCUCGGCCGCCUUCUCCUCCUCAUUUGCCUCCAUCUAGUGAGACAGUUCCAACUGAAAUCGACGACGAGCAGAACAAACAUGCUUAUUCAGUUGCACUUGCCACAGCUGCUGCUGCAGAGGCGGCAGUUGCAGCUGCUCAGGCCGCUGCUGAGGUUGUCCGUCUAACGACUAUACCACGCUAUGUUGGAAAAUCAAAUGAGGAAAUCGCGGCUAUAAAAAUUCAAACUGCAUUUCGAGGAUAUCUGGCAAGGAGAGCACUACGGGCUUUGAGAGGGUUGGUGAGGCUUAAAUCGUUGAUUGAAGGACAGUCUGUGAAACGCCAGGCAGCAACAACCCUAAGAUGCAUGCAGACACUUGCCCGUGUGCAAUCUCAAAUUCGUGCAAGGAGGAUGAGGAUGUCAGAGGAGAACCAGGCUCUUCAACGGCAAUUACAGCAGAAGCAUGAGAAAGAGCUUGAAAAGUUUCGAAUGGAUGAAAUAUGGGAUGAUAGUACACAGUCCAAAGAGCAGCUCGAAGCAAGUAUACAGAGCAAGCAGGAGGCUGCUAUGCGAAGAGAAAGAGCAUUAGCUUAUGCAUUCACUCAUCAGCAACUUAAGAAAAACAACAAAAAUUCAAACCCAACCUUCAUGGACCCAAAUAAUCCUCAGUGGGGAUGGAGUUGGUUGGAACGAUGGAUGGCUGCUCGACCAUGGGAGGCAAGAAGCACUGCAGUGGAAAAGGACAAUGACCAUGGCUCAGUGAAGAGCUUCCGCACACUCUCAGUAGCGGGUGAAAUAAACCGGGCUUAUGCUCUUCGAGACCUUAGCAUCGACAAGCCUUCCCCAACAGCACAAAGGUCAGGCCGACCUCCUAGUCGGCAGUCCCCAUCAACUCCUUCACGCGGAAAACCAAGACCCGAGAGCCCUAAGACAAAUGGGUGGGCCCUAGAUGAUGAUACGAAGAGCAUGAUGAGUGUCCAGUCAGAAAGAUUCAGGAGGCACAGCAUUGCUGGAUCAUCAGUGAGGGAUGAUGAGAGCCUUGCUAGCUCUCCUGCAGUUCCGAGCUACAUGGCACCAACAAAAUCAGCAAAGGCCAAGAAUAGGCCCCCUAGUCCCUUGGGGGUAGUUGAGAAGAAUGGUUCACCACCUGAUCAGAAGCCACCAUCUGUGGUUGGGUCUGCCAAGAAAAGGCUGUCUUUCCCUGCUUCUCCAGGUGGGCCCCGAAGGCAUUCAGUCCCCGGAAAAUUCGAGAGCACACCAGUGAAAGAUGUUGAAAUAGCUGUCGGCAAUGGUGGGAGCCGGUAGUCCUUGGUAAAACUGGAUCAAGAAAAUCACAAUGAAUUUAUUUGGGAGCCAAUAUCGAAUCAUUUGAAGAUUAAUUAACAGGUUGGGCUAUUAUGACAACACAGAGUCUCAUAAUUCUUAUCUUCUUUCAAGUUUCAUAUGCAAAGUCGUAGAAGAUUGAAUAAAAGGACCGCUGUAGGGGGGUUGUUUGGUGAAUUGUUUGGUAUUUGUUGAUUUGUUCUUUCAUCACAAAAGAGCUCUUUCCACUAGUGUUAUAUUUCUCAUCAUUAGAGUUGUGGUGCGAUUAUUAAGGCAGUCAAAUUUGUACCUGUAUUAAUUUAUAUAAUUUGUUUCUUUUUUAUACAA